AGACACACAGCCACGCCCGCUCAUAGCUGAUUUGCAGGUACACAAGAAACUAAAAGUGAAGACUGUAGAUGAUUAGCACAGUUCCCCAGCGACAGCCGUGGACUGUGACGAGGUUAGAGGGACGGGCUUUCACAGAGGACACAGUAUCUGCGACAGAAGUCACACACAGUAAAAGUUCGCCGUCUUUCUUGGAAACAUCUGGAAGGUUACCGUCGCAAUGUUCAAGAAGAAGAGCAAGUCCACCGCCAUUACGCAGGCAAAGGCACCAGCUCCCUCCACCGAUCUGAGUAUCCUAAUUGAGAAGCUACAGAAGAAUGCCGAUAAAGUGGAGAAAAACAUCUAUGAUGUUGAGCAAAACCUAAACAAGGAUGUCAGUAAAAUCAAUGAGGGGAGGCAGCCACUCUAUCAGGAUGACACUAAUAAAAGAAUUCUUAAUUCUCUCGAACUGCUCACUGGCCUGGAUGAGGACGCUGCCAAUGCCAAGAUUCUUCAGCAUCCUCAGGCUGAGAUGAUAGAGCAAGACAUGAAACAGCUACGUGAGAGAGUCAUAAAACUGAGAGAGGAUCAUGACCGUAUCUACCACCUGAUUCGUACGGAGGGAGUGCCAACUAUUAACUGGGGAAACAUGAUGGAUGAGAAGCUGGAUAACCUUACAAACAAGGGCUUUGGACAGGAUCUACCAUCUGUGGAAAACGAGGUGGAAGAACACAACAUAUUUCACAGUGAGGUGGAGGCUCUGGCUCCUCACAUCUCUACGGGCGGUGACAAGGAGUAUGUCAGCAGUCUCCAGAUGAAGUACAACAAACUGCUGAAUGCUUCCAGUGCUCGUCAGCGUCAUCUGAUGAGCCUCCGAGACUACAUGCAGCGUUGUACCAAUGAGCUUUACUGGAUGGAUCAACAAGCUGAGGAGAGGAUUAAUUAUGAUUGGAGCGACGUCAACUUAGACUUCCCUGCCCGUCAGAGGCAGUAUGAGAAUUUCAUCAGCAAAUGCCUGGAGUCCAAAGAGGCCACCAUUACAAAGCUAAAUGAUGAUGGAGAGAAGCUGGUUGCUUCAGAUCAUCCGGGCAAAAAUGUCAUUGAGGCUCACAUGGAAGCCGUUCAUGCUGACUGGAAGGAAUACCUCAAUCUGCUCAUUUGUGAAGAGAAUCACCUAAAACACAUGGAUGAAUACCACAAGUACCAUAAAGAGGCUCGGGACACUCAGGACCUGCUCAAGCGUCUGGAUGCAGAGGUCAAUCAGAAGUACAACCCUGACUUCAAAGAUGUGUAUCAGACGGAAGGUCUCAUAAGGGAGCUAGAAGACCAAACCAAGGCCGUAGACCACUUUGAUGAACAAGUUAAAGCCCUGCAUAAGCGCAGCCUCCUGGUUUUGCCUCUGAAAUACCGCAGGGAAACUCCUCAGAAGCUCUUGCCGAUUGAAGCUUUGUGCGAGUUUGACACUGAUGAGGGGCAGAUUGUGCGUGGGGAGCGGUACACAUUACUCCGUAACAACGGGUCUAAAUGGGAUGUGAAAGAUCCAGCUGGACAUAAAGUCACUGCUCCUGCUGUCUGUUUCAUGAUUCCUCCCACUGAUCCCGAAUCAGUUGCUAUGUCGGACAACCUGAUGACUCAACAAACAGCUCUCAAACAAAAGAUGACAGCCAAUAUGGGAAAUUUGCAGAAGCAUUUUGAACAACUGAAGAAAGAGAGUGGCACUGACAAACAGGAGAUGCAGUGCCGUCAGCAGAUGGCUGGACUAGAUAAAGUUAUUAGUGACCUGGACAAACAGGAAAAGGCCAUUUAUACUCGGGUGCGUCCACCACUGGAGUCAGCCCGCCCAUUUCAGGACAGUGCUGACCGCCUGCAGGACAUGAAGGAUAUCAGUGCAGCUCUUUACAAGAUCGAGCCAGAGAAAUCCUCCAAAGUGCAGGAGGCAAAGAGUUUCUUGGUCUCAAACCCAAAUUGUACGAGUGCUUCUCAGCUUCACAGCAAAGUAGACGAAGCAAAUAAGAAGUACAACAAAGUUGAAGACCUCCUUCAGUGUUCGCAGGAGAAAUUGAAGAAUUCCAACCAGCUGGAGACAUCACUUAAUAAUGGGAAAACGUUUCUAUCUUCAUAUGAGAACAAAUUGGCCAGGGAGGAGGUUGCUCCAGCUGACAUUUCUUCAUUGGAGAAAACACAACGGGAGCUUGCAGAUGUUGCUUCAGACCUAAGAUCCAACAGGUCUGUGAUUUCUGAACUGGAGCAGAACCUGCGCUCUUCAAAAAGCAGCUGCAGCAACAUGGCUGCCAAAUUCCAGGAGCAUUGCCCAGACAUUGACAGGCAGGAAGCUGAUGUACAGAAACUGAGCAAGCGCUUCAGCAACCUCAACAGGCAGACUGACACCAGAUCUCAAAGCUUGCAGAGAGCCAAGAUGGCAUACAAAAAUUAUCGAAAUGAUUAUGACAAUCUAAACAGCUGGUUGUCGCGUGUCCCCAAUUACGAACCAAGGGAAACUGAUGACAUAAGACAAGUGGAGACCAAGCUUAAAAAUCAAAGGAAUUUGCUUUCUGAUAUUGCAAGAAAAGAGUCUGACCUCAACAAUGUUUCAAAAAAUGCCCAGCUCUACCAACAAGCAGUCAAAGACUAUGAGAAUGAAACUGAAAAAUUCAGGUCCAUCCUUGACUUGGAAGAUGGACUUGUUCCUCAGACAUACAAGAGAAGCAGACUUGAAUCUCCUGCAAAUAUAGUCAAAGCAGAGGAAGCUGCAAUUGAAGCUAAAUUUACAGAGGUAAAUGCUGUGAAUACCCAGCGUUUGCAGAAUCUGGAGUAUGCAGACAGCAUUCUCAGACAGCAACCGGAGGUGUCUGUAAUCCAGGCCACAAAUGUCAAAUCCGUCCAUGCUGCCCCAGGUGGAGAGCCUUGGAGAGUCAAGAAACAACUGGACGAUGAAGUCCAGAGGAGGGAGCAACUACAAAGAGAAAUUGAAAUGAUACAGACCGACAUCUAUGUCCUCGAAGGGCAGAAGCCCCAGGACACAAUUGUCAAGAAGGAGUUAAUCAAGAAGGUUGCCGAUCCCCAGCUGGAUGAGGAGAUUCACAAAGUGCAGCAGAAGCUAUCUGAGGAGCGACGCACAACCCAUGUUCUAGAGAAUGACCUCGAGGUACUCAAGCUGAAGUUGCGUGGUCUUGAAACAGAAGUGAAAGAAGGAGCACAGCAAUACACCGUGAAAGAAGUCCUGCGUAUUGAAAGAGAUCGUGGUCAAGAGGAUGAAAUGCGCAAGCUUCGAGAGGAACUUGAUGAGCUAAGAAGGCAGAAAAUGAUCAAAGACAACGAGCUGGUAGAGAUACAAAAGCAGGUCACUAUUCUGGCGGAGGAAAAGAGCAAGGAGCAAGAGGUUAUUACCGAGGAGGAGGUGAUCAAGGUUCAGAAUGACCCCCAGCUUGAGACAGAAUACAGAGUUCUCUUUGACAGAAAGCAGAAGGAGAUGGAUGGCAGGAAGCAGCUGGAGGAUGAACUGCAAUUUCUUCAAGAGAAGCUACGAAGGCUGGAAAAGGAAAAAGCCAUGGCAGAGGAGAAAGUGUCCAUCAAGGAGGUAUUGAAAGUUGAAAAAGAUAUGGCCUUUCAAAGGGAGGUAGAAAAUCUUCGGCGACAGUACGAAGAUGAGAAGACCAAACGAAGAUCAUCACAACGUGAAAAAACUGACCUCCAGAGGAAAAUUGCAAGUCUUGAAGAGGAGAAGUCUAAGGUGAUUAUUCAGGAGAAAGUACGAGAGAUUCUCCGCCCUGACCCAAAAGCCGAGAAUGAAGUAGCUAACUUGCGGCUUGAACUUGUGGAGCAACAAAGGCGCUUCAAAGAUUCAGAAAUUCAGUAUAGAUCUCUCCAGGAUGAACUGGUAAUGUUGAAGAACAGAGGGCCACUAGUGGAGGUUAAAGAGAUGAUAAAAGAAGUUAUCAAAUACAAGACAGACCCUGAGACUGAAAGAGAACUGGAAAGACUUCGCAAUGAAAUAGUAGACAAAACACACCAGACCGAGAAAUCUGAAAUGGAAAUACGCCAGCUGAAUGAUGAAAUCCAAAGAUGGAAGAACACUAAACCACAAGUGCAGACCAAAGAGGUAGUAAAUGAAGUGUUGCAGUACAGAGAAGACCCUAAGACUAAGGAAGAAAUUGAGAUUCUCAAAAGAAAACUAGCUGAUGAACAGGAGAAACGCCUGGAACUUGAGAGAGAACGAUCAGCCCAAGAGGAGAAGAUAAGACUCAGGAAGAUCGAUCUUUCGCAGGUGCGUCAGAAGAUUGUUCAGCAAGAAGUGGUUAAAGUUGAGGAAGACCCUCUCCUUAGGUCAGAGUGCGACACCUUUUCACUCAACAUUAGUAACGAGCAGAAACAAAAGGAGACCCUGAGAAAUGAGCUCCACCAACUUCAGAGACUGAAGUCUGACCUGGAUUUACAACUAGAAGAACUGGAGCGUGAGCGCAAGUCGAGGCGUGAUGCAGAAAUCGAAAUUCAGAGACUUCGCAUCAGACUUACUGAAUUGGAGAUGCUGGACAAAGAGAACCGCGAGAAGGUGACUGUUAAACAGAAGGUUGUCCUGCAGCAAGAUCCGCAACAGGAAAAAGAACACUGUAUUCUUAAACUGCAGCUGGACGAAGAGAAACACAAGCGUAUCUUACUGGAGAAGGAGCUGAACGCUCUCAUUCAACAGCAACUCACCCUGGAGAAAAUAGAUGUAAAAGAAAGAGUUGUCCGCACCGAAAAGGUUCAAGUUGAGAGGGACCCAGAGGCUGAACUUGAGAUUGAGAACCUAAAAAGAACACUGGAAGAAGAAAAGAGGAGAAAACGAGAUCUCGACCUGGAACUGUCAUCCAUCACCUCCAAGCUCUCUGACAUGGAAUUUACCAACACUAAGUCAACUAAAGAAUUAGAUUAUAUACGUGACGAAAGCAGCCGCAUGCAGCAAGAAAACCAAAGGCUGCAAAACGAGAUACGCAAGCUUCGGUCAGAGAUCGAGAUCACUAGCAAAGAGACUCGUCUUAUCACAGAGUCUGCGCCACGAGAAGAAGGAAGAAACCUGGAAAUGAGACUUGACUCACUGCAGAGAGAACUUGUUGAUUUAAGAGGUGUGACCACUCAGAAGGAUGAAGAAAUCGAAAGGCUCCAAAAGAACCUGUCAGCUGUAAGAAUGAAGCGGGAGCAAAGAGAGAGUCAUCUGCGCAGAUCCAUUGCUGUCAUCGACCCAGAUACAGGAAAAGAAAUGCGACCUGAAGAGGCAUUCAAGCUCGGCCUGAUCGAUUGGAAAAUGUUUGUUAACCUACAGAGCCAGGAAUGUGACUGGGAAGAGAUUACAGUUAAGGGCCCAAAGGGGGAAUCUUCAGUUCUCCAUGACAGAAAAUCUGGAAAAAAGUUCUCCAUCGAUGAUGCUCUGCGCCUUGGCCACAUUACAAACCAUCAACUUCAGCAAUACAUUAAUAAAGAAAUCUCCAUUCAGGAAUUUGGUAUCAUGGUGUCGGGGAAGAACCGAUAAAGCCAUAUGUUUUAAGAAAAGGCAUUUUGUUUGAAAAUGCUAAGCCCUAUCAUUUGGUCAAAUGCCUGUUGCUUUCUAUUCUAUAUCUUCCAAGUUUUUAGUUUAUCAUAAGUUUUCUUUUAUCUCACCAUGGAUAGAGCUUGGAGACAUAUCGUAAAAAAAACCUUCAUAUAAUUAUUAAAUCAAUGUUUUAUAUAAUACUGUGGGUAACAAUAUUUAAGCUAAACUUUAAUUUCUUUGAUCGGUAUGAGGUUUUUAAAUAGCUUUGAAUUGCUGUCAUUGCUGAAAUAAAAUUUAAAAAAAUCUUGAUGAUUUAUUUGUGACUCUUCCAGGUAUGUCAGAUAUGUGCAAUAAAAGUUGAAUCAA